AUGACGUCAUAAGCUGAUUGCUACCCAAUUGCGCGCAACGCUGGGCAGAUGAGUGGCACCGCCGGCACCUCGUCGUCCUUCUUUUCCUUUGGUCCAAACGACAGCUUCAUUGCACGGAGCUUUGCAGGCCUGCAGUAUCGCAAACUCCCGCCUAGCCUCCGCGACCUGCUGGUCGGACGGACGGUAGCAGAGGUCCACUGGGCGGCCUUGGGCUCGGUGCCGGAGUCGUGGAUCCUCAGCUCAAAAGACUCGUCCGGGAGAAGCAGCAUUCGAUGGGGCUCGGCCAUCCCGUCGCGUCUCGAGACUAUCCUCACCAAGACAUGGCACUCGCCGCAUCUGCGUGCCGUGCUUGGCCCAGGCGACUCGUUCAUCGUGUGGCAUCCUGAACUCAUCCGCUGGGCAAACCUGCCCCCGAAUCUGGAAGACGCCCUGCAGUCCUGGCUGACGCCGUCGGGAUGGCGCGUUGGGCCGCCGCGCAUAAUCUCGUGGGGGCCCGAGGGCGCCUUUUUCGCCAUGAGUGAAUACGGCGAGGUGAGUUGCCAGUUUGGCGGCGACAAGGCGUGGGAAAUCUACAAAGAGACGGUCGACGAGUGGAAGGCGGAAAAGGGGUUUAAAUGGAGCAGCCUCGCCUUCAUUGCUCUCGACCCCACCAGCGCAGACCAGUUCAUCGCCGUGCGCAAAGACGGCACGUGGGCGGGCUCGAUUGACGAUAUCAACGAAGACGCGCUCGAGGCCUUUGCACUCAACUUCUUCGGCAAAGCAAAGUCGCAGAAGCACAGGCCCAGCCCAAGCACGUCCCAGCCGAACGGCCAGAUGCCAAACGGUAGCCCCUCGACUUCUGCCGAGGCCAAGCAGGACGCUGCGUUGCAGGCUCUGUAUGAAAAAUGGGCUACAGAGACAUCAGUCAUGUUUGCAGCUGCGGCGGCCGCCACCGCAGUCGGGAGGCCAAAAACACCUCGAAAGCUGCAGGUCCGGUCGCGCUCCAGCAGCACGGAUCCGUCGUCUACGCCUCCGCCCCUCAGCCGGAGGUCUUCUUGCACGCCCAAGCUCUUCACCAUGUUCCCGUAUCUGCCGGGCAGCGUGACGACGUGCUCGCUGACAACGUGCAAGAUGCUCAAGUCGGAGGAGAAUAGCAUACAUGCGUGUCAGCACGAUGUCGAGAAGCUGCUGCGCGCAAGUGGCCUGUACAGCUAUGAGUGGCUGCGCCAGGAACGCCUCCAGUGGCAUCCUGAUCGCUUUGGCAGACUGUGUGCUGAGGAGUGGAGAGAGACGGGAAAGAGACUCGCGGGCGAGAUGUUCAAGUUGAUGAGUGUGUUGAUGGAGGACGUUAGUCAUAAGAAUGAGAAUGGCCGUAGAGGCUCAUAACAUGGGUGUGUUUGAAAGCGUCUAAACAGAAUUGCAAUGAUCAGAGACUUGCAAAGGGGUACAUGCUUUUAGAAGCAUCACGAACAAGCAGAGACUCAGUAUCCGCCGUAGAGAAAAGAAAG